GAACAGAGGGACAAGGUGAGAGAGAGGUAGAGAGGAAGAGAGGAUGCACCUGUACAAGAACACCUGAGGGGAAAGAGCAAAAACACACACAGGGGGAGGUCGGAGGAGCUGCACAUUAGCAAUCAUGGCAAAGCAGUUCCACAUGUGAGAGCGUCCUUUAACCAGCUCAUCAAGUCAACAAGGUCCGUGCUUCAGUUCGUUGGCGUCAUGGCGGAACCAAGCUGGUGGAAGCUGACCUUCUCGCGCAAGAAGAAGUCUGAGCCCAAGGUUCUGUACGAGAUCCCCGCUGAGCACGGCAGCAACACCGGGCACAAAGCCCCGAGCAGCGGCGGCGGCGGCGGCGGCGGCGGAGGACCCCCCCAGGACCACAUGGACAGCCAGCUCAGCGCCAGGCUGGAGAAGAUAGUGGACAAGUCUGCCACGAAGGGCCGCCACGUGAAGGUGUCCCACUCCGGCCGCUUCAAGGAGAAGAAGAGGGUGCGCGCCACGCUGGCCGAGAACCCCGGCCUGUUCCCGGAGCACGGCCUCAGCGACGAGAACCAGCAGCGCAAGGCUGAAAAGUAGCCGCGGGGGCGCGCGCGCACGCGAUCGCACGUGUCGCGCGCCGUCACAGCCCCUGAACGCUGUGGCGACGCGUAAAGAGUAGAUGCAAAGCAAAACACGGCCACGUUGCGCCGCGGCGCAGUGGACGAGCACGUGUCACCACGCAACACCCGCGCGUCGCGGCGCGAAGCGGUGGGAUCACACCAGUACAAACUACUGGGACCAGCGUCCAUUACACCGCGGCCGAGGAGCCGUCUGCCUGAGCGCUGUCACUGCCCUUUAACCACGUACAUUGGCCUAGUGUUCAAAUAUAAACGUGUCCACAUCAGCUGAUGGUCUAUUUAAAAAGAAAUAUGCAAUUUAAGUUAUUGUUGCUGUAGAUGUAUAAAUAUAGUUUUGCUUGUUUUGUAUGUCUUUAAAACAGACGUAUGUGUUACUAAAACACGUGAAUUCUUUUUUAUUAAAUUUUUAUGACUUGAUUCUGACGAUGUAGGAAAUUAAAACUCUUGUCCAAUCUU